AUGGCACCAGAACAACCAACCAUGAAGGUUUAUCAGCCAUAUGAUAUUGAGGAGCCUGAUGAUGAUCUCGAUUUCACUGUCCGCGGGUUAGAUUUAUGCCUACCAGAUUCGUUCGAAAGGUGGCAGCGCGAUUUUGCGGACCACAUGGAUGAUAGUACGUCUGCACUUUCUCCUGUCGCCAAGCAAGUCAGUAGUCCCCGGAGAGGUCAGAAGCGCAAGUCAUCAAGUGUACCUGCUGGGUCUGGCCAUUAUUCCGCAUCUCCAUCAUCUUACAGGCCUAACGCAGGGUCCAGCCUUGCCGAUGAAGCAUUACCAGUCCCUGGUCUGAAUCCAAAGCGACGCCGAAGACGCAGCAGACUCGCUGCCGAUUCUGCAAAGGUGGUUCCCGUGGUUUCACUCGACGACUUCCGAGAUCCCGAGAUGAAUGAGGACUCAAGUUCCGACGUAUGGUCGACGGAUGAGAGUGCUGAUACUAUGCAUGACUCUUCCGUGACGGACGACAUGGAUCUCGAUUGA